GAGGUGACGUCGGAGACCUGGGAAAGAGGAGUGUAUGAUUUUUGUCGCACCUAAGGAGGGGAUAAACAAAAGCAGGAUCUGUGGCUUCUGUAUAUUUUUUUACGAAGUGCAACAGAGUUGGGAUAUGACAUUGGUGAAAAGCGGCUGGUUGCUCCGGCAAAGUACUAUAUUACGGCGCUGGAAGAAGAAUUGGUUUGAUCUGUGGUCUAAUGGUCACUUACUGUUUUAUGAUGAUCAUGAUCGGCGGGAUCUUGAAGACAGAAUCCACAUGAAAAUUGACAGUAUCAAUAUCAGAGUGGGAAAUGAAUGCCGAGGGCUGCAGCCUCCUGAGGGCAAGCCUAGAGAUUGCUUGCUACAGAUUGUUUGCCGUGACGGGAAGCUGCUCAGCCUCUGUGCAGAAAGUGCUGAUGACUGCUUAGCUUGGAAAAUUGCUCUCCAAGAUUCCAGAACAAGUGGGGCCUAUAUUGAUUCUGAGGAGACAUAUGAUGACUCUACAAUCUCUUCAGCUCCCCCUCCAUACACAGCUUAUGCCACAUCAUCAUCUGAGGUUUACAGCUAUUCACAAUACAACGGUGCAUAUCCACCUCCAAGGACUCAAGUCGUCUUUGCUUCCAAUGGACAGACAUAUGCCGUCCCUUACCAAGGUCCUCAUGGCCAUCCUCCUGUAAACCAUGUCAUCAUUCAAGAACGGUUCCGGGAAAGUGAUGGAGACCUUGCCCUGGGCAUGCUUGCUGGAGCAGCAACGGGAAUGGCUUUGGGCUCAUUGUUCUGGGUAUUCUAGGUUCCCUCUAGAGCCAUAAAGUGAGGAAGAUCCAAAACCUUUUAUUUAUUCUGUGUGCAAUAAUUAUAUAUAUAUUUUCAAAGCACUCCUGUUUAAAGAUUUUUAAUAAGUUCUAGUAAUAUUUUGACUAGCAACUCACUGAGCUGUCAUAAUUUAGUAGAAAUGCAGUUUGUGCAACAGCUCAUGAUCAGGUGAGUUUGUGAUUCCAUAUAUUGAUUAAUAAAUAGUGGUAAUAUCAGUGAAGGAUUACUAAUGAAGGAUAAAUGGCAACACUUGACUGACUUUUAUAGUCCAAAAUUAACCAUCCUGUUAAAAUCAUGUCAGCUGCAGGGUUGGAAUACUAACUGGAAAAUAGGGCAGAAAGAUAAUAGGAAGAUGUGCUGCACUUUGGACAGAAAGAUAAUAGGAAGACGUGCUGCUCUUUGGCUUCCUGGUUAUUUGAAUCAGAUACUGUUUUACUGCUUCUUGAGUAGAGACGGUGGUUCAGUAGACACUCCAUGGGAUUUGUUUGAUGCUUUCAGUAUUCUAAAAGCUCUUACAUUUCUGAAGCUGGUUGGGUUGACAAAAAUUGCAUACUUCACAGCAUAUAUUGCUUUACUGUGCAAACUCUCCUCAAAGACUAAACAAUAUAUUUGCUUAUUGCUGUUUCUGCAAAAAUAACAACAGCCUUGUUUGGAAAAGGAAGUAAGUUUUGUUAUAAUGUAAAUAAUUUGUUUACUAGAAAUCAAAGCUCAGUUUAGUUCUUUCUGUAUCAAUGUCUUAGCCCCUUAUCAGGUGUGAUUCUUCUGACUGGGCUUCUUUGCUAGGACAGUAGCAUCUACUAGCAACUCAGUUCAGUCUCAAUGUGCAAGUCCUUCCCAGUCCUAAAUAAAUACAUAACAGAAAGUCUGUGGUCAUACUGGGCUUCAAAGUGUCCAAAGCAUUUUUUAAAAAAUUCUGGUAUUGGUUGUAUUGGAGCCCUUUACUUGUAGAGCGGGAGUUUACACAAAGUUGCAUCCCCACAUUUCAUCUGCACUUGCAAUACAAGACAAUUAUUUGUUUUUCUGGUAUAGAACAACAAAAUCUGUUCUUAGUUAUUAAGAUGCUAUACUAGCAAUGUCUGAUCUUGCAUGCUGUACUUGAGGUUCUUCACUUUCUGCUUUUGACACAUACAGUUCCAUAACAGCGUGCAGCAAGCUGUAAUUAGAACAUGGUUAGCUUCAGUGGAGUAGGGUGCCAAAGCAUUAUUCUUAGUACAUUUUUAUUUUUAUACGUUCAGUUGUGUGUGUAUUCUGUUAAAAUCCAAGAUAUAGGCAAGCAAAAUACCUGCACUGUGUCUUAGGCAGUCGUUUACAGCAGCAAGUGAGGAAGAUUUUGGUAUAGCCAUUUGUCAAAAAUAGUUAAGAUUAAUGUAAUUUUGUUCCCAGUGAAUUAGGGGUAACAUCAUUACAAGUCUUGGCAGAAGUAAUGGAAGCCGUCCCUUGAAUUAAGCAUGUACUGCUGUUUGGGAGAUGUAGACAGUGAUGAGAAACCAUAGUCAUAUUUAACACCUGUUGAACUUGAAAGUCUGUUGAUACCUUUGUUCUUGCAAAUGGAUUGUUCAGCAGUCUAGAACAAAUGAACAGUAUUAUGAAACCUGAACUGAAGAUCUUAAGUUCUUCAUAAGUGUGGGGCCCUCAUAUUAAUUCCUGUGUAAGUGUGUCUGAAGAGUUUGAAUCACUGAAACUAGCAGUGCAAUCUUAAGCAGUUAUGCCUUUCAAAAUGCAGUUGAUUUAGAAUGGUACAAUUCUGUUUAUUAUUGCACUGUGUUCCUGUCAUAGAGGCAGGCUUAGCUUCUGCUCUGAUUUACAUUUUGUCAAGAGUAAUUUUUAAGAGCCCAUUAUGUUCUGUGCUACUCUGUAUAGUUGUCUAGAAAUAUCCAGAAAUCCUACUUUCUGCGUAAUCUAUGUAUUUGUAUUUGAUUAUGAAAAACAAAAUAAACAUAGUAUUGAAA